GGAUAAGAAUGUUUCCACCAUUUGCUUCACGCGCAGCUCUCCGCCUCCCUGGCAUCUGUUUCUCUAAAAUACGAGACUUUCUCUGUCGGCAGAGGAAUAAGAUGUCGAGUCUUGUUUCUUGUUAUUGGGACAUGUAAAUCCUGGGAUGAAGAGGUAAAAUCCGGCCCGUUUGAGUUCAGUUAAAAGCCGACAGAGGAACUAUGUUUGCUGUUGACUGAAGACCGUUCCAACAAACAAAAUGAAGAGGAGGCUGCUGCGUGGAUUCCUGUCGGAGAUUUCCGUCCGACUCGUUCUGUUGUUUGUAUUCCUUGUUACAGAGCAGCUUCCUCCUUUUUACCGCGAGAUCCAGGCAGAGGAGAUGUGGUUGUAUAAAUUCCACCACGUGGAGGCCGACCACGUUCCCACCUCUCUCAUGUUUAGUGUGGCUGUUUUCACUCCCCUGAUCGUAAUCUUGAUUUUCAACACCCUGAUCAAGUCAGAUGGAGAUCUGAAAGAAGCCUCUCUGGCUGUGAGUCUGACUCUGGUGCUCAAUGGAGUGUUCACCAACGUCAUCAAACUUGUUGUUGGCAGGCCGAGACCCGACUUCUUCUAUCGCUGUUUCCCUGACGGUCAGAUGAACUUGGAGCUGCGCUGCAGCGGUGACCCAGAUGCGGUCAUGGAGGGAAGAAAGAGCUUUCCAAGUGGACACUCUUCCUUCGCCUUUGCAGGUUUGGGUUUCACGGCGCUGUACGUCGCAGGAAAGCUGCGAUGCUUCAGUGCAGCAGGCCAAGGCAGAGCAUGGCGGCUGUGUGCUUUCCUCACCCCGUUACUCAUCGCAGCUGCGAUCGCCCUCUCCAGAACCUGCGACUACAAACACCACUGGCAAGAUGUAUUAGUUGGGUCUCUGCUGGGUCUCACCUUCGCGUGGCUCUGUUACCGGCAGCACUUCCCUCCACUUCAGGACCUGGACUGUCACAGACCCCUCCAUAGCAGAGAGACUGUUCCUUCUGCACAGGAGCGCAAACUAGCCAACUCCACCUACGUCCUCCCGCUGUAGGGCAGCUGUCACCGGUUUAUUGGUGCCAUUCGUACAGGGGUAUUUGUCUAAAUUUGGGUUUCACCUCUGUUUGUGAGGAUUGUGGUUAUACCUGCUGGGGGGGGGGGGGUCUUCUGCUUAUUUGUUUUCAUCGCCCGGCUCUGCACACGCUGUGCCUCUAGACGACACCUGAGCGGGUUUGUUGCACAGCCGCCGUACUGAACCGUCCGCCGCCUCUCAGGCUUUAGCUACACAAGUCCACUCUGUGAUUGUUUUGUAAACACGCAGGGUUGAUGCUUUAGUGCAAACGCCGCAGAGUGCUGGUUAUAGUUUACUUGCAUGAAUGCUUUUUCUUGACUUUUGUUACAUUUGAGCAAAAUCAAAGCUCAAUUAAUGACUUCUUAAAGAUGCAGAUGCUUCUGGUUUGGAGUUAGCUGCACCAGAAUUAAACCUCCUGUCGGGCGUCGACUAUUACUUUGGCUAAACUCUGAGAAAAUACAAGCAGAUGAGGACAAAGUUCACUCGUUACACACACACUCGUCUCGGUAGAAAGCUCGGAUUUGAUCAAACGAGUCCAAAAUAAGGGAACCUUUGCGUUUAGAUGUUGUAAAUUUCUCACGUUUAAUCCGUCGGAUGAAGGCUGGUUUUGUUGGAAGUGAACAAGACGAGAUGCUUUAUCUAAAUAAAUGUAGGUGGUAUGAACUUGUGCACACGUUGCAGCGUAUUAAGGCACUGAUGUGUCACGAGAGGAACGUAUUUGAUAAAAAAACAACUAGGUUAUUUUCCAGGAUUGUACAUUUGUGACUCAGAAGUUACAAACUAGUGAAAACAGCACGGUUAGUGCUUUAAUAGUGGAUAAAUUAUUGAUAAAUAUGAUUCUUUAAUCAUGAGAUCCUUAAAAACAACCAUAAAGGAGUUUCAUUCAUGCGCUCCGCUUUUAUUUAAAGCCAGGCUGUUAGCACGACUUGUUUACGGCUUUAAAUCUUCGUCUUCCUGGUUUAUUUAGAACGUUACUUGUCACGUUUAUUUUUUUAUCACCUCCAGAUCUGUGCCGUCCUUUAAGUCCAGAUCUGAUCUGUGCUUCAGCUGGACAGCACUUCCCGCUAAACAUUUCCCUGCACCCGUGCUCCCAGGCUGCGCGCCAGCUCUGCGGCCGACUCGCGCGGCUCGCUUAUCUAAGAGUCUGACGGUUCAGCGGAGGUAGAGAAAAGAGGCGACAACAGAACCAGAACUUUCUGAGGUUGAGCCUCGCCGUUCUCCUGCUGGUCGGGGUUUCUACGCUGUGAAUGUCUGAGCUCGGCCGACGAGUAAAGUUGGAUAUUUUAUCAGCUUUAAAAGAAAUGUGAGCUCUGCUGCUGCGUCGUCUUAUUUAAUUCAGUUUAAUUCAACAUCCGUGUUACUCCUCUCCUUUCCCCCCAUGUUGACCCCGGGUAGUGUUUGCGUUUCUGCUUGUUGCCGUGAGCUGAGCUGAAAGCGUCCGCAUCACAGAGGUUUUCACACCAAACUUGGCAGAAAGAAAGAUUAAUUUGCGCCUUUUUGUUUAGCACAUUUAUUAAAAUCUGAUGGAUAAUGAAGGAGAAACUGCACAGGCUGUCUUUCUUACCUUCUUCUGGUUUUUAUUUAGAUUCAUUCCCAGGUUUAUGCUGCCUUUCUUUACCUCAGAUAAAUCCUAGAUGUGAUUUUUGACAGAGGUGGUGUUUCUUUGGGAAACGCCACCAGGAGGAGCCAGCACACAUAUGUGGGCCCCACAUGGGACCUAUAUGGGCAAGCUGUAUGGGUCCCUCCCUGGUUUGUCUGCAGUUUCCAUGGUGGCCCCACAAGGGUUUGCUCAGAGAGAUCUUUGCCCACAUCGAUUUUAAAGGGCUCCACGUGGGUUUUCAGAGGGUUUAAAACGUUUGUAGGUAAACCCCGGUGGGACCCAUACGGCUUGCCCAUGUAGGUUCCACAUGGGGCCCACCGAUGUGUGCUGGCUACACUUUUUCUUGGUCACUCAUAAUAUUUUUUAAAUAAUGUACAAGUUUAUUUAUUUUGGAGGCAUGUUGGGGUUUACAUGAAUUUAUAUCUUUAUUUUUCCGUCACGUGCGAUGAUCGGUAAAUUGGAAUCCGUGUUUAUUAUCACUCAGGUCUUCUUUAUUAGACCGCUGUGGUUUUAUAAAACCUGCACGUUUCUUUAUGAACUCGCUGCUUCCGUCCAUUCGUUAAACGUUUUGUGAUUUUCCUGCAUCCCGGUUGAGGUCGAUGACGUCGUUAUUCUAACACUCGUUGGGUGCCGCGACCAGCUGCUCACGGUGAUUCGGUGUGCUGAUUUCUAUGUUGUGAUGUUUAUGAAACGUUGUGACGGAUAUGUUUUGGAAAUGAGAAAAAAAAUCCUCGCUGUUUACAUUUUUCCUUUUGAUGAACAA